GGCGGAGCCCGACCGUCCCUGACGGGAGGUCGGGUUGCAAGCCUAUCUGGGAUUUGUUCUAGCGCCACUAUAGUGGCGCCCAAUCAGAUUGCAGAUUCUAGACCAUUACCACACCCAGUUAAUUACUCUCUUAAGUGCAACACCACAAUGCUGCAGUGCAACCGCAACGCAGUAAUAGUAGACCAGAGCUAGUUGAUGAUGGAGAGAUCAGAGUUUAUUAGGGAGUGUGUCAUUGAGGCUUCCAAAGAGUUGGGCUACCCUGUCAUAAAGCCUGAACAAGUUGAUAUAGUUCUGGCUUUUAUUGAAGGUCGAGAUGUGUUUGCUGUUCUUCCAACCGGCUUUGGAAAGAGCUUGUGUUAUGCCUGCUUGCCAGUAGCCCUUGACAAGAUCUUGAAGAAGGAAGUAGGGCAUUCAAUUGUGGUGGUUGUGACUCCUCUUUUAGCCAUCAUGAAAGACCAGGUAGCAACGUAUUUGAGUAAAGGUCUCUCCAGUACCUACAUCUCUGGUGAAAUUACUGACAGCAGAAUUCAGUCUGGAGUUGAGCGGGGAGAGUACCAGUUGGUGUUUUUCACACCUGAGAUGAUAAUUAUUAAUAAUAGGUGGAAAAGAGUCAUACAAGCGGAGGUGUAUGCAAAUAGGCUCAAAGCAUUCGUGAUUGAUGAGGCUCAUUGUGUUAAGAAAUGGGGUGACACUUUCCGUCAUGUACUGAAACGAAUUGGUGAAGUACGCAGCCUAAUUCCACCAGCUGUACGUGUGAUGGCUCUGACAGCGACUGCUACUCGAAGUGACCGUUUAGCAGUGAGUCGUGCAAUAGGGUUAAGGAACCCAUACGUUCUCAUGAGGUGCCCAACUAAACCAAAUCUGAUCUAUUCAGUGGGAUCAUUUAAGAGUGUGGAAGAAACGUUCAGAGCAUUGGCUGACAAACUCAAGGUACAAAGUUCUAAAUUUCCAAAGACCAUCAUCUAUGGACAGUCAUUUGGAAUGUGUGCAGACAUAUACAUUUUUCUGAAGUAUCAUCUAGGAUCAGCGUUUACCAUUCCAGAAGAUGCACCUGAUAUCCCAGAAUUCCGUUUGGUUGACAUGUUUACCAGUGUGACGGACUCCAAUCACAAGUCGCAAAUUUUACGUUUAUUUAAAAUUGAUGGAAAUCUGAGGAUUGUUGUUGCAACUGUAGCCUUUGGGAUGGGUGUUGAUUGUCCCGAUGUCAGGCAAAUUGUUCAUGUGGGGCUAUGUGAUGAUAUUAGUAGCUAUUUGCAAGAGACUGGACGGGCUGGAAGGGAUGGUAAAACAUCAAUGGCCACCCUGUUGAAGUCGAGAACAUACCACCCUGUUGAUGAUGAAAUUAAGACGUAUGUGUCCAACAUGACUCUGUGUAGACGAGAUGCCCUUUUUGGAAAUAUGGAUAACUAUAGUAGUCCCAUUAGUAUUGUCUUUAAGUGCAUGUGCUGUGAUAUAUGUGCACAUUCUUGUGUUUGUGGUUAUUGUAAAGCAAAUCUUCAUUCAUUUCUGUUAUUCAACAACUAAUCAAUUAAUGUUGAUCAACAAAAUAAUGAAUUGAAGCAUGAGGCCAAUAAAAUAAUAAGUU